GAGCCGAUGGUUAGAGGUGGCGUCGCCAUCUUGCCGCGGAGACCGUGAGGGAGUCGCUGAGUCGGUUGAGCGGCUCUCGGUGGUUUUGGCUCUUGCGGCCUGGUUGCCUGUGACCCGUGCCGGGCCGGCCCCACUAUGCCGCAGUACCAGACGUGGGAGGAGUUUAGCCGCGCGGCCGAGAAGCUCUACCUCGCCGAUCCCAUGAAGGCACGUGUGGUUCUCAAAUAUAGGCACUCAGAUGGGAAUCUGUGUAUCAAAGUAACAGAUGAUUUAGUUUGUCUGGUAUACAGGACAGACCAGGCCCAAGAUGUAAAAAAGAUUGAGAAAUUCCAUAGUCAGCUAAUGAGACUUAUGGUAGCUAAGGAAUCCCGAAGUGCUGCCAUGGAAACGGAUUGACUGGUUUGAAGCAAAAGCUCUGGUGGUCACAUUUGUAAAGGAAGAAAAUAUCACUUGAAUUCAAGAAAAUGUUGGGACAGAAGAGGCUUUAUAUAACUCAGUGGGCCCUUAAAAAGCUUGGGAGCAUUUUUUUUCCUCUGUAGCUUAAAAAAAAUUCUUACUUCAGAUAGCUAUAAAUAUAUAUGCUUUCAGUUGAAAGCUUCUAUUUAUUUUUGAAAUGUAAAACAUGCUUAAAAGUUUUUACAGGUUAUUUGAUGUUGGGCAAGACUUGUAAAUAUGUUCUCUUGUAAAUUUUUAACACUAAUUUGAAAAGGAGAGAUCAGCCAUCUUUAUUCUGUGAAAUGCAUCUAGCCUUUAAAGAAAGCUAAAUAUUGUUUGUUUAGUUUGCUUUUCAACUUUUAAUUUAGAAUUUAAGGUCAUUUUUUAUUGAACAUAUUUCUCUACAGAUAUAAUUUUGUCUGACAAAAUACAUUUCUUGACCAAUAAACAAAACUAGCAAAAUUAAUUUUGCACCAUAAUGAAGGUAAUUGUUUGUAGAAAUGUUUUAUGUCUUCUUUGAAGCCAUACCUAAAAUAUGGUUGUGCUUUCCAUAUUUAAACUGUUUUUAACCCUAAAUGAUUCCAUCAUUUCACUGAACUAUAAUUCAAGAUAACAAUACAACUUUUGAAUCCAAUUGUCUGUGAUCCGAAACUUUUCCUAAAUGAGUGACCAAUGUCCACCAAAGGACUGAAAAGUGUUACUCCAGAAAGCUUUGUUAUAUUUGGUCCAUUUGUGGAGUUUCUCAAAAAACCGAGGACUGAUUAAACUAUUGUUUCUAUGUAUAAACUAUUUGUACCCCUUUUUUUGCUUGUUAAUUUCUUAGAAGUAAUGAAGGUGCUAAAAAUGAUGUCAUAUCUGGUGUGAUUAAUUGUUGUGAUGGCUAAUGAAUUACAAAUCAAUCACUAAAGAUUGAUAAUUUUUACAUUUUAACUAACCUCUGUUGUUAGCACUUGUCCUGAGAGGCAGGAUUUGAAACCAGUCGUCCUGAUUCCUAGGUCAUCUCUUUACUUGGUACACCAUUUAAAGUUUAAGUGCUCUCUGAGAUUCUUAGACAGUAGAUACUGAUAAGUUUAGAGGGAACUCUCCAGUGCCAUUAAAAUCACAUGUGUAUUCUCUCCUCAUCCCACCCCACUCCCCCCCAAAAAAAGAAAAGAAAAGAAAACCUAAACCCUCAAUUUUAAAAUAAUUGCCCAGCAUCAGAAUGAAGGUUCAACUUUAAAGAUGUCACGUUAAGAUAUUUUUUGUUUGACAUUUUAUUUGGCUACUGUUUCAACAUUGUAAAGUGCCAUUAGCCAUUUAAGUUUUGGUAUGUUUCAAAGCAGUCUGCAAAAAUAAAAAAUUUAGAAAAAAGCAACAUAAAAAUCUUAAUGUUUCUUUUGGAAAAAAAAUUUUUUUCAGGAUUUACAAAUUUUUAAAAAUCAAUUAAAAGUUGAUUUAACCUAAAGGAUAAGUAAUACUACUGGAGCAGUAAUGGUGUGUUUUUACAGUACUCAAUAUUACACAUUGGGUUUUUUUCCCCCCUUUCCAUACUAUUUUCUUACGUUAAAAUAACAAAAUAAUGCUUUUUACUAGGGUUGAAAUUAAUAUAAAACUAUCACAUCUACUCUUGAUGCUACUUGGGUCCUCUUUGAUUUUGUUGGGUUUUUACAACUUAAGCAAAUGUUGUGUGAAAGAAAUUGGUCCAUUGGACCAUUUGGCGCUUUUGUAUUCCCAGCAGCCCAACAUAGUAAUAGACACAUACUUUAAUGGAAAACACUAGCAAUUUUCUACAAGAUAGCACAUUAGAUUUAAGAAAAAAUUUAAAGGGAUUAGUGUGCUAAUCUAUAUUUUCCUUCUGAAAUCAGAUGUUGUACAUAACUUUAAUUUGCCAAGCAUAUUCUUGGCAAUUUUUUUUAUUUUAAAAUACAACUUUCCAUCUUUGUUGUAGUUGUGCAAUACUAGAAAAAAAGCAAAUAUUUAUUUACAACUGUCAAAUUAUAACUUACAAGAAUUAUGUACAAUGAGGCUCUUCAAGAUUGAAAAAUAUAUGAAAAUAUUUUUAACCUAAUUUAUUCUAAAUAGCCUGCUGCCCUUCACCUGAGUAUUUUCUUUACUGGAAAAAAAGUUGUUUUUUUUUUUUUGUUUGUUUUUUUUUUUUUUUUUUUUUUUUUUUUUUUUUUCAUUAAAACCAUGUUUGUAUCCACUGAACCCUCUCAGAUAUGUUAGACACACAGUAUUGUAGGCAGCUCUUUUGAAGAAGGUCUUAUGGUAGUUGUAUAAAUAAAUACAUGGGAAAUCAAGUAAUUUGAUUCUUAUUUUCAAUUUUUGUCUUACUCUCCUUGGAACAAAAAUCCACUAAAGGCUAUAUACUCAUGAAUGUAAAUGGCAUUUCCCUCCUCUCUUCCCCCACCUACCUAUCCUGCCAAUUUUUUGUCUUAAGUGCAUUAGUCACAGCUCAUGUUUUUCUUAGUCAUUUAUUAGCGGCAAUGUUGGCAAUGUUUUAUAGCUGAUAAGACCUUCUAUUACCCUUUUAAGAAAACCUAACACUUAACAGCAAUCUUUAAUUAUAUUAAACUUAAAACUAUCCUGAAACUAAUUGAAAAUAAAUGAAAUGUAACCGAGAGAAACUAAUUACACAAGAAAAGUAGGAAGGGACUCCCCUUUUUCUACUCAUCAAAAUCAAGGAAGAAAAUAAGAGUCCUUUGAAAUCUCCUGGUGCUCAUCCUGAAUGUCUCCUAGCCAUGACUGCUUUUUAAAAUUUAUUCCUUUAAAAAGAAAAAUCCUUCAAUUCUAUUAGUUUUUUUGAAGGUUGAGGAAGACAGACACAGGCUUCAGUCUUGUAUUAAAAUUUCCAUUGGUAAAUGGGGGUCAUUGGAAGUUCACAUUUUGUGGGACAGAAAGAAUCCAAAGAACAACUUUUUGCCAUGCAAUUUAAUGCUUUGAUAAAGCCAACAUAGAAACCAGUGUUUUGUGAUGUAAUUCUUAAUAGAGAUUUGUAUUUAUUUUUGUCAUUUCAUAUAAUUGUUUUAGUUGUACACUAACUAGACAUAUGUUGGGUUUCUUCAGUUGCCAUAAGGAUAAACUUUCUAAAAAAUAGAAAUU